AUGCGAUCGUCAAUAUCCAUCAACUCGGCCGCUCAGGCUUAUAUGCUUUGCCUUGGUUUAUUUUCACCUUUUAUCUCAGCGUUAUCAACCAAUGUCGAUCGAAUUCCAAAUCUAGCGAGCCCGAUCAACAAUGAUAUCACCCUUCGACAUCGAAGUACCGAUAAUAGUACAUUCCUCCUCAGACUCAUGUCACUGGGCGCGUCUAUAACGAAUGGAUACCUCUCAACCGAUGGAAAUGGUUAUCGAGAUUGGAUUCGGCAAGAACUUCGUUAUGAAGGGUGGGAUGUAGAGAUGAUUGGAAGCUUGAGAAAUGGGACUAUGGUUGAUAAUUUUAAUGAGGGUCACUUUGGCUUCAGGGUAGAUCAAUUACCAGCACAAGCUGAGAAGAGCAUUCCAGAUCAACCCAAUCUAAUCCUUAUCAAUGCUGGCACAGAUGACGCCUUACAGGAUCAUAAGAUAAGCACGACGGGAGACCGAAUGAACUCCUUGCUUGACCUUCUAUUUAAGGAAAUCCCCGGAACCACCAUUAUUUUGUCAACUCUUCUCCCAAAUAAAGAUGUUCCGGAUUUGGUUCAGGAUAUCAGUGAACAGUAUCGAGAGCUUGCAGCAAAGCGUCGCGAUAAUGGCGACCGAGUCGUCCUGGCAGAAAUGAGCUAUUUCAUUACCACGAAUGAGUUGGCAGAUGCAACCCACCCAGACGAUGAAGGAUAUAAGAAGAUGGCGUCUGUUUGGUGGGCAGCGAUCAAAGAAGCUUUGAAGGAGGAUAUGAUUCAAAAGUUCAACUACACGAUAUCGAAUUUGCAAGAAAAGAAGUUGGAUAACAAGACCACGAAUCCGGAUCUGCCUUCUUACACGGCUCCUGCGCAACCUACUCAAACAACUUUUAUCAGCAGUGCAUCGAUGAAGCUUCAACAGCCACUGCUACUCGUUCUGGCUUUGCAAUUUCUCAUUGUUUACUCAGGCUUUUUGUGA